AUGUUAGCCUUUGAUGACAGCAAGACCGGUAUGGCUGGUAUUGAUAAGGAACAUGUCCAGAAAAUAAUCAAUGAAAAUACUAGUCCAGAUUUCGAGGAAUACGCAAAGAAAAAGAAAGUGAGAAUCGAUGCCAAGAUAAAACGUUAUCAAAACAUUGCAGCGAAAUUCACUCCGCAUCAGAUUCUUCAGGCGCAGGCUGAAAUGGAUGUUUUGGUUGGUAUAUUGGAAGAGGAACGUGAUCUUUCUCGUUAUGCUGUUCAUGUUGACAUGGAUGCAUUUUAUGCAUCUGUUGAAAUGAGAGAUGACCCUUCAUUGCGCCAUAUUCCAAUGGCCGUUGGUUCAAAUUCAAUGCUUCCAGUUCAAGCUUUUUUUCUAGAGUACAUCAAAUUAUGCCGCUCGUCGUUUUGGUGUCCGCUCCGCUAUGCCUGGUUUUAUUGCAAAAAGUUAUGCCCCCAUCUAAAAAUCAUAUCCGGUUCUUUUGAAAAAUAUCGAGAAGCAAGUUCGGUGGCUCGGAAGAUAUUUAGAGAUUAUGAUCCGGAUUUUCAUGCGGAUGGCUUAGAUGAAGCAUACAUCAAUUUAACAACCUAUAUCCAAAAUCGAUUUCUCACUGGCUCAGCCGAACACGAACGAAUUCGAUAUAUGGGUGAGUGUGUUUGCCGAUUGCCUUUGAUUACGGAAAAUGAGAUGUACCACUUGGUCAGUGCUGAAAUUACUGAAGAGAUAUGCACAAAAUGUAAAAAACUACGUAAAUGUGUACGAGAUCGUAUCACUUUCGGAGUUGAUGUUGAUGAAAUUGUCCAUGAAAUACGAUUCAGAGUAGAACAAGCAGUGGGUUUAACUUGCAGUGCAGGAAUUGCGCCAAAUUCCCUGUUAGCCAAAGUAUGUUCCAAUAUCAAUAAACCAAACGGGCAGUAUCGUCUGCUGAAUGAAAGAGAAGCCGUUUUGAAUUUCUUGAAGGAUCUCCCCAUACGCAAAAUAAGCGGGAUUGGACCUGUAACAGAAGCAGUUCUAAAAGGAAUAGGUUUGGAAAAAUGUGGUGAUUUAUAUGAGCAGCGUGGAAUAAUCAGUUUGCUUUUCACGCAACGCAGUUGCGAAUAUUUUUUGCGAAUUGCUCGUGGUAUAUCUCACGUAUUCAGUGUUGAUCGAAAAAUAAGGCGGAAAAGUAUCAGUACAGAAAGAACAUUCCAUCCUACUGGAGAUCUUGGAGCUCUUCUCGAGGAAAUGCGUUAUAGAUAUUUUUUUUAA